UCUCCUCCGCGGGAAAGCAAAAUGGCGAAGGGUUGUUGUGCAGCCGGGCUGCCCGUGAGGCUGCCUCGGGCUUGAGCCCCUUGCUCGCCUCCCUUCUCCCCUCACCCGCGCGCGUUUGCCCUUUGGAGGGCGGCGAGAAGCCCGGCCGAAGGGCGGCUUCUCGGGCAGAGCGCAUCGAGCGCACUGAUUUCCCUGUAUGAAGCGAGUGGCCCAACUGGAGAGACCGAAUGAGUGUUUGUGGGGUAUUAGCCAAGUGACAUCUUUCAUGUUAGGAAAGUGGAGUUCUCACCAUUCAGAAGUAUUUCUAGGCAAUCAAAAUAAGUCUUGUAAUUCCAGUCAAGAAAUGUGGAUAGAAAGAACUGGAGUUCCACAAAUAGACUCUACGGGGGUGGGUAAUUCAGUGGUCCACAAGCGGUCUCCUUUGCACCGAAACCAAAAAUCACCAUCCUUGACCAAACUCUCCUCACGGGAUGGACAAAAAUCCAAAAAGCCAGUGUGCAAAUUUGAAGAAGGUCAAGAUGUCCUAGCUAGAUGGUCAGAUGGCUUAUUUUAUCUUGGAACUAUCAAAAAGAUAAACAAACUUAAGCAGAGCUGCUUCAUUAUAUUUGAAGACAGUUCCAAGUCCUGGGUUCUCUGGAAGGACAUACAAACAGGAGCUACUGAAACUGGGGAAAUGGUCUGUACAAUAUGUCAAGAGGAAUAUUCAGAAGCACCCAAUGAAAUGGUUAUAUGUGAUAAGUGUGGUCAAGGUUAUCAUCAGCUGUGUCACACACCAAAUAUCAGUUCUAAUGUGAUAGAUUCAGAUGAUAAAUGGCUCUGCCGGCAGUGUGUCUUUGCAACAACAACAAAAAGAGGUGGCGCACUUAAGAAAGGACCAAAUGCUAAAGCACUGCAAGUUAUGAAGCAAACAUUGCCUUACAAUGUAGCUGACCUUGAAUGGGAUGCUGGCCAUAAAACAAAUGCCCAACAGUGUUAUUGCUACUGUGGAGGUCCUGGAGACUGGUAUUUAAAGAUGCUACAAUGCUGCAAAUGUAAGCAAUGGUUCCAUGAGGCUUGUGUGCAGUGCCUCCAAAAGCCAAUGCUGUAUGGUGACAGGUUUUAUACAUUCAUUUGUUCAGUUUGUAGUUCUGGACCAGAAUACCUCAAACGUUUACCCUUGCAAUGGGUAGAUAUAGCACAUCUAUGCCUUUACAACCUAAGUGUUAUUCAUAAAAAGAAAUAUUUUGAUUCAGAACUUGAACUCAUGACAUACAUUAAUGAAAAUUGGGAUCGACUCCAUCCUGGUGAACUGGCAGACACACCAAAAUCUGAAAGAUAUGAAUAUGUUCUAGAGGCAUUAAAUGAUUACAAGACCAUGUUUAUGUCUGGGAAGGAAAUAAAGAAGAAAAAACAUUUGUUUGGUUUAAGAAUUCGUGUUCCUCCUUGCCCACCAAAUGCUGCUUUUAAGGCUGAGAAAGAGCCUGAGGGAACUUCACACGAGUUCAAAAUUAAAGGCAGAAAAUCAUCUAAGCCUGUGCCUGAUCACAGGGAAGUUACUAAUGGUGUAGAAAGAAAAGGGAAGAAAAAGUCUGUAUGUCGUCCUCCUGGCCCAUAUACUAGAAAAAUGAUUCAAAAAAUGUCUGAGCCAUCUAUUUUGGAAAAGGAACCCGUUAUAGUGCAAGAAUCCCCUAUUUUGGAUUCUCCUAGCACUACUGGAAGAUCUGAUGGAACUGCACAGUCAUCCAAUACCUCAGAUGUGGAGUCCACAGGUGCUGCCAGUACAAAAGAAACUACCUCAAACAGUAUUUCCAAGCAUUACAGUUUGUCUGAUUCCAGAAAAAGGACACGAACAGGAAGAACUUGGCCAUCCACGAUACCACACUUGAGGAGAAGAGGACGCCUUCCACGAAAAGCACUCCAGAUUCAGAACCCAGAAAUUGUAAAAGAAGAUGAAGGCAAAGAUGACUAUCAAUAUGAUGAACUUAAUACAGAGAUUCUGAAUAAUUUGGCAGAUCAGGAGCUGCAGCUUAAUCAUCUCAAGAACUCUAUUACCAGUUACUUUGGUGCUGCAGGUAGGAUAGCUUGUGGUGAAAAGUAUCGUGUUUUGGCACGUCGGGUUACACUUGAUGGAGAAGUUCAGUAUCUUAUGGAAUGGGAAGGGGCAACUGCUUCAUGACUAUAGUGCUGAAUAUUAUUUGCUGCACUGCCCUUAUCUAUUUAUAAGCAGAGUUUAUACAUUGGAGUGCAGAAUGGAACUUAAAUGGAUAUUUGUAAAAAUGAAAAACCAAGUUAGCCUUAACACUUCUUGAACAGAACAAAUUUUACCAUAAGAGGCCUACCAACUAAAAAAUAAGGCUGGAUUCCUAUGUGUUUAAGAUGAGGAUCUAGACUGUUGGGAUGGGAAUCUGGGAUUUCAUUUGCUUUAAAAUGUUCACAAGUCAAAAAGCCUUGUCUCUAGAGUACAUUCCAUGGAUAUGUUUUUUGUGGGUUGGGACUAUUUUCUGUAAGUAGGACAAAUUUUGAGUAAGAUACUUGACCUUUUCUUAUCCAGAAGUUUGCAAAAGACUAUUUCUACUUUGACAACCCUAGAUUUUCAUAAGGUGCAGUGUAUAUACUUCCUGCUGAGGACUGUAAAAUAUUGAAAUCUUUCAAGCAAAGUGUAAAAAAUAUAUAUUGAGCUUGUAAAUUGCUCUGUGACUAGACUUUGUUGUCUUUUUAAUAUAUUCUUUGCAUGUGUAUAUAUACACAUACGUGUGCAUGUGUAUAUAUGUGUGAUUGUGACCUAUGCAAUAUAAAUUAUGGGAUUGGGCAGCUUUUGACUAUAUAUCCCAUAAUUCUUUUAUCAGGAAUAGUUGCAGUAUUUACACAGCAGCAUUUCUUCUCAGGCUAUAUUGGGUGCUGUUGUUUGCCACAUACUAUAGAAUAUGUGUCAAAUGAGUGCUGGGUGUUCUUGCAGUGAGUGCAGUCAUUAAUGUCAUAAUGCUUUUAGAAAAUAAUUCAGGCUGCAGUUCUACACAUGGGAGCCCAGUGAUUUGGAGUGCCUCUCAGGUUCACAUUAUCCCUCUCCUGUGCAAAUUCCCACUCUUUUUGAACAAUUUACAUAGAUUAUAUCAAACAUAAAACCAAGGCUUAUAGUUGCCUCUAAAUUAGUUCUAAGUGGAGAGAGAGGGAUUAAAAAUACAUGGUCUAGUUUUCUUGUUAAAAAUACCUGGAAACAGUGCAGCUAUACCAGGCCAGGUUUUUGAGAUUGCAGUGCUCAAAUCAUUUACAUUCAACUCAGAAGGAUUUCUAAAUAAACAUGUAUAGGAUUGCAUUGUACAUUUCCUCAGUUGAAGCAGUCGGACUGUACACAGCCUUGCAGCAUCAGUUUAUGUUGGAAAAAAAAACCCCUAGCUGUUUGAGGCACAGACUUGAAAAUUUGAGAAUGAGCUCUGCUUAAGAGAAGAAUUCUAAUAAUUUGUGACAUGUUGAUUGUAAAAUUGUUUUCUUUCCAGUUAAAAAAAAAAA